AAUACCUCUUCCAUAUCGCAGAAUAACCCGUCCAGCUUCGACUUGGUGGGGAACUACAUGCCAGAGGCGCGCUUCAAAGGCAUCACCCUCGGCAUCCUUACCACCAGUCUAGUCGUGGGCAUCCUCAUCCCUAACAUUGAGUUUGUGUUGGGUCUACUGGGGUCAACUAUGGGGAUGCUGAUCGCUCUUAUUCUUCCCUCGAUCCUGUUCAUCAAAGUCAACUCCAAGGCUUCGGCUGAGAGACUCUUGGCGCAGACCAUCAUGCUGGUGGGCAUUGUGCUGAUAGUAACAGGAACGUACCUUAACCUGGCCCAUAUAUACAAGGUUCAGGCGGAACAGACAGAGGUUGUCAUCGCGAACAUGAUCAAGAAUGACUUAGAUCCCAACCUGCCUAACAUAGAGAAACAAAUAUCCAAGGAGGGAAAAGCUGCCGAGGCGGUGCCGGGUGGAGGGGACUGCCACCAGGAGAGAACCCGUGGCUCCUGA